AUGGCUCCCAGAGGCAAAAACAACGGCUCGGAGGCCGAACCGACUCCCGCCGAGACGAUUCUCUCGAGGUUCACCCAGCGCGAGCAGAACAUCAUGCUCCACACGAUCAUCGCCCUCCCUGGUUUCCCGGCUGGCACUGAAAUCGACUACGCCAAGGUGGCUCGGCGCCUUGGCCUCCAGAACCCGCGCUCCGUCAGCAACGCCUGGUCGGAGAUCAAGAAGAAGGUCGCCCAAUUGGAGAAGGACGAGCGCGAGGAGCUCGGCCUGUCGACCGACGACGAGGCCGACACCAACGCGGCCAAGGGCGGCGCUGCCAAGCGCCCCCGCAAGCGCGCCCGCACCUCCGCCGCCGCCGCCAAGGGUGCCGCUCCCGCCCCGCCCGCGCCGGCCACGCCGGACGAGUCCGCCCUCGCCCCCCCGCCCAAGCGCCGCCGCCGCAGCAGAGUCGCCAGGGCCGCCUCCCCCGCCUCCUCCGCCACCGCCGUCGGGACCACCCCCGCCUCCCCCGCCGACGCCCCGUCCCCGCCCGGCUACGGCGACCUCCUCCCCCUCCCCUCUCCCGGCGGCCCCCAGCAGCAGCAGCUGGGCGGCUACGCCGUCUACCCGUCCCAGCGCGCCGCCAUCAAGGCGCACGGCGGCUCGCUGUUCGCCCCGGAGCUCCCGCCCCCCACCGGCGAGGAGCUGCUCGCGCGGCUGGAGGUGGAGAGGCGCCGGGCUGCCCGGGAGGCACUCGAGGCUGCCAAGAGAGUUGCGGCUGCCCGCGCUGCGGUGGCUGCUACUGUUGCUCGUCCCGCCGCCCGUGCUGCGGCCGACGACAUGGCUGAGGACGACGACGAGGAGGAGGACAAGAAGGCUGCCGGCAUGAUCAAGCUGGAGCGGAUUGUCGAGGAGGACGGCCGUGAGGCGUACAUCUCCGGCGAGAUUUGA